AUGGCUGUACAAAUAGCUCCCAAACCUGGGACACAACAUCACCAUCAUAACUAUCCGCUGAUAUCACCAAGUCCAUUCCAAAAUAACAAUAAUAAUAAUUCUAAUAGUAUCUCUUCUAUUUCUACCUCCACAAGUAAUAAAAAUAUAUUUCAUCCAAAUGCAUCCGCUAAUACUAAUCACGGUAGUACUGUUGGUUUGUUUGAUCUGCAUCAGCAUUCGAGAAAAAUUAAAAAGUCUGCUUCCACUGGUAUUGUGGUUAGGACCUCAAAACAAUGGAUCCUACCCCCAAGGCCAAAGCCGCAUAAGCAGUCUGUGUCUGGUAGCACUAAUUCUAAUAACCACAAUGGUAUAAGUUCUAGGAAGAAUGGGGUUUCUACUAAUGCAAAUACUGGUACUGAUAUUAAUAGGCCAAAAAGAAAUAGUAUCGCGAACAGUAACGAUGUCAACAUUAAAUCGGCUUGCACAUCCAAAAGUAGCAAUAAAAAAUUGUCUAAAAAGAAGAUCGGUGUCUCUAUUAAUAACACCUUAACUCCUUCUAAUAUUAAUAGUGAUACUAGUAAUAAGAACGUAGCCACACGUGCAAGUGCUAAGAGGCCGGAUGAUAGUAACGGAUAUGGACCAGCCGUUGCUGCUUGUGUUAAUAAAACGGAAUCAUUUGAUAAAAUAGAUGGUGCUAUAAAUAACGCUUCGGACACUAAUAACAAAAAUUCUGAGCUCAAGACAUUGCGGGAUAGCAAAAAUACCGUUUUAGGUGAUAUCGUCAAUUCUAAUAAUUCUGCAGAUGCCGCUAACAAGAAAACCAAGAAAUUUGUGUCUACUAUUAAAAAAGAAUCACCUAUUUCAACAACUCCAGUGGAUAUAUGUCUGGAAAUCUGUGACAAACCUACUCAUCGUACCAUGGAUUCAGGGGAGGUGUCCGUGGCGGAUGUUUCUGAACACUCCUCUUCCAAGCCUGGUACUGCUAUAAGGGCACUAACGGCUCAACAAACUAAUACUGAUGUUAAGUCUGCUAGUACUGUACCUUCCAAUAAUGGCAUUCCUAAUGAUAUUAUAACAAGUUCCAAUGACACCAAAAGCACUAGCAAAAAUAUCCCAACAUUACCAGUGGCCAUCAGUCCUGCUACAAGUACCGGAAGAUUAUAUGGUUCCACUAUGGAACCUAUUGUUAUUGAGGAUGAGGUCGGUUCUGAUUCUGAAGGUCACGAUAGCAACAUUAAUAACGAUAAGUUGAACAAUAACGUCAGAGAUAUGGUUUCUACAAUUGGUAACCAGCAUGUUCUUAGUGCCCUUUCAUCGCCGCUAUCGUCUACCUUUUCUGAGCCGGCCAAUUUUCAAGGGCCUUUUGUGAUGGUGAACGAUGAUAGUGUGUGUAGUAUUAAUUGUAAUACUGCUGAUAAAAAUAAUAUUAGAAGUAAUAGAAUUAAUAGUAUUUCAUUGGGUGAUGUUGCCACCUCUAUGUCGACAAUCAAGAGAUCGAAUAGUUUAACGUCAAAGAAUAGUACAGCUAACAUAUGCCAAGAUACCGCUUCAGUAUCCACUGUUCCCGUCCCUGUUCCAAAGAAAAGGUCUAUUACCACUAUUACCGCCAAGACGAAAAAAAUAAGGAACGAUAUAGGCAUGUUGAAGGACGAAAAUAGUAUUUUGAAAAAGGAACUAGGUGUAUUGGUUAGUAGCCUACAAGAUUUGAAAUGUAGGUGCACCCUAAUUUACAAUUUAGAAAAUGAGCUGAAAUUAUCUAAGAAGAGAAUGUUUAUUGAUAUGGAUAAUAAUAACGAGUCUGAAGGUGACGAGUCUGAGGAAAUGGACGAUGUGGUAAUUACAGAACAGGCAAAUCAGAAUAACGGUGAUAUGAAUGCUGGUAAUGAUGAAGCUGUUACUGAUGUAUUUUUGAAAUUUGAAGACGAUGAUGGGAUAACAACUGCAAAAACUGAUAGUAAUUCAGUAUUGUUUACUAAUAAUACUGAUAUCACUAGUAGUAGGAAGAAGAAUAAUAAUAAUAAUAAUAAUAAUAUUGGUAGACAAUUUCAAACUCAACGACAAAGCGGUCAACAACAGCAAAAGGAUGAAGAGGAGAGAUCUUCUACUCCUAGUUCACUUUUUUCUGUCUAUGGCGCGGGUUCACUAAGUCCAUCCUUAAGUGCAGCUAUGAAUAAUAACACUCAUAACAACAUGGUGCGGGUAGCUUCAAAUAAUAAUUUUGGUAGUAACAAUAACAGUGGUCCAUUUGGUGUAUCUUCUAGCAAUAAGGGUGGCAAUGCUUCCAACAGUAAUAAUUUUCGGGGUAUUAACAAGUCACCUUCCUUUCAAAGCAGUCCAGGUGAAAGUGGUAGCAGUUGCGGCAGCACAGUCUCUUCUUUGUUGCUGCAGAAACAAGGCUCAUUUUCUACGUAUUCUUCAAGUUCCUUCGCGCCACCAAUUAAUAUGUUGAAAUUUAUGGAUGAUUACGAACAAUUAGAUUUCUAUAAUAAACACCACGCUAGUAAUAAUAUUAAUACUGCUACAACUACACUCAUUACAAAUAAUAAUACUAGUAGUAACGCCGGCUGUGAUAAUAAUAAUAAUAAUUUGUGUGCAUCGGAUGUGGAUGGUUCUAAUUUAAUAAAUAAUUAUACCCAAGAAAUGUUUAAAGCUGAUAUAGGAUUAGCAAAUAUUAAGGAGGAAGAGACCACUAAACAUAUAAACGAUGAUGGUACUGAUGAUGUUGGUAGUGAUGAUGUUCUUAAUUUUAUUAAGAGUACUUCCAACGGUACGAAUACGGUUGUGGACACAUUGGACUGUAAUAACAAUAUUACAGGCGAUCCUGGUAAACAAGAGUCUUUGUUAGAAAUAUUUGCACAGCCAACCUUUGAAAGAAAGCAAGAUUCUUCGACUAUGUUUACAUCAACUGUUGCAAAUGGCAAUUUUUGUGAUGUUGGUGAUAGAACUAAUAGUAAAACAGUCAGCCCCAUUGUAGGUCAAAAAAAUCAUUACUAUUUAAAUAAUUUCUCUGUUUUACCUGCUACGUUAGAUGAAUUAAUUGAGCAAGAUAUAGAUGAGUCGAUCUUAGAUGCAGAUGGUGAUAUAGAUAUGGAUUUGUUUAAAUUUGUUCAACAAUAA